UGAAAAACAAGUGAAAAAGAUUUUGAAAGUGAAGUGAAUUAUAGAUAUGUUUUGUAAUCAUUUUGAGUGCACUUUAGAUACAAAUAUAUGAAAACAGUAAACAAUUAUUGUCUCAAAUUGUCUUCACAGCAAACCAUCGCUUCAUAGCACUUGUGUCCACACAAUUGUCGCCCAAAACCCAACACAAGCGCCAAAUAUUGAUAUCUAUGUGAAGAGCGAUCGCCCGAAGUGUGAAUAAUGGCAUACAAUGGGCCGGAUUUGGCCACCAGUCCCGUCAAUGGCCUCAAGAGUGCCGUCUUCUGGAACUCGAGUCAAUCGCCGCCAAACGAAUCGCGUCCGAAGAGCGCGGCGACGGCUCCAGUGGCCACAGGUUUGCCCAUUGGGUGUCAAUGCGACCAACAGUUUGUCAACUUUUGCAAAAUGCAUGCCAUCUCUCACGCGGACUGCGGUCACAGCCGACAAGUGAAGUGCACGCUAUGCGCGGCCACCACUGACCACAAGUCCAUCCAAUGGCACAUCUCGUCCGACAAACACAAGCAAAGACACAAUCAACUCAUGGAAUACGUGUAUCUCCUGUCGCUUCCCAUUCAGAGCCCGUCAUUGGCGCUGAAGUUGACGCAAGUGUUGGACAUUAAUCGGGCGAAGAACGCGUUGAACUCGCACGACGUUCAGCGGCGGCUGGAAGUGGUGGAGUUGAUCAACGAUCUGAUCCGACGCAAUGGUCUCAAAGACUAUUCCGUACGGCUCUACGGCUCGUCGAUUAACGGUUUCGGUCUGAAAGAGCAUUCGGACAUUAAUUUGGAUAUUGUAUGCAAUCAUAGGCCCGAAGGCAGCGCUGGAACCGGCGGUGAAGACAGCAGAUCCGGUGUUUCGGUGGCGAUUGUAUUGUCGAAAAUCGCUGAUAUCAUCCAAAAAAGUGAUGGUCUCUUCUAUAGCGUGCGCACCGAAUACAACCUCAAAGUACCGAAAGUGCGGUUCAAAGACAAACUGAAUCGCCUGGAGAUCGAGCUCUCGAUUACGGUGGAGAAGAGUGUCCGCGCGUCACGACUUCUGCAACAGUACUGUCAGAUCGACGACCGGGUGGUUGUGUUGGGCAUAGCGUUGCGAGAGUGGGCCCGUAUGUACCGCUUCGACGACCAGGAGAACGGUCUGUGGCCGGCCUUCGCCUUCCCAUUACUGGCCGUACAUUUCCUGCAACGGUGUUCGCCGCCAGUGCUUCCCUGCCUUCACGAACUCCUCGGCAAUAAUAGUCCCAACGAAACCAAUCCAAGCCAAACUCAUAGCCAUUUUUCGGUCAAACAUUUGUCCGAAGACAACGACACUACCGUUGAGGACGACUUUAAUCUCAGUUCAUUGAAGUGGACGACAAUGAACAACAAGAGCGUCGGGCAGUUGUGGUUAGAAAUGCUUCGCUAUUACGCGGCCGAGUUUGACGCCGAGACUUACGUCGUGUCCAUCCGGACCACAGUUCCCGUCUUCAUGAGAGCCGACAAGAAGUGGUCGACCCGUAUGUUAGCGAUCGAAGACCCGACCCGUCCGUCGCUGAAUCUGUCGCGUUCUGUCGGAUCCAUGCGUUUGUAUAACGUAUUCAUUGAACAAUUGAGACAUUCGUUUAAAUACUUCGCCACACCUUUCGUCAACGUAUUGUCCAAUAACUAUAACUCUAACGUCCGGUCGAGUCCUCUGUUUACUGAACGGGACUUUGAAAUACUGGUCAACGAAACACACUUUUACGACAAGUUAGAUGUGAGCGAUCUGUUGACACAAAUCAAUCACAUUUGCAAUGAUUUAGACAACGAAACCGAUCACAAGACCACUCAGCAUAAGACCAGCGACUUCUCCGACUCCGACGACGAAAGGGGAGGAAAAGACAACUUCUUUAUGAAAGCGAAUAAAAUUCUGAAGACAUUCGGCAUAAGAAUGCAAUUGUCGCUCGAAUUGGAGGGCACUUUGCGUUUGAUUCCCGCCACACAACUCACCGUUUCGUUUCAGAUGAACAAAACGCCAUUCUUUCAGACGCCGCAGAAGUUCUGCCGCCUCUGUCACCGAUACGGACACAUUCAGACCAAGUGUCCCGACAACGAGUUGCCGCACUUGAAGCCGAUGGCUGACCACUUGGACGUCGGUUACGACGAACUCUUAAAUCAGGUUUGCUUUGAGAUAUUCGACAAUAAAAAGAUGGACAGAAGUGAGGAACAACUCCAAGAGUUCAUUCUCUCUGAUUUGGAGCAAUUCAUACGACUAGAGAUACCGAACGCGAGGCUAGAGUUGUUCGGUUCGACCAAAAACGGAUUCGGCGCCCGAUUUUGUGAUCUCGACAUCUGUUUAACGUUUGACAACAACUCGACCGGUGAAGGGCUGGAGUUCGCGACCAUUAUUGAAAAUGUGGGACAAAUACUGCGAACGCAUCGCAAUCUGCAGAACAUAAUACCCAUCGUUUCGGCCAAAGUUCCUAUCGUUAAGUUUGGCUACAAUUUUGACCGAAACCGUUGCGUUGAGUGUGAUAUCAGUUUAUAUAACAUUUUGGCGCGUUAUAACACAGCGUGGCUCAAGUUGUAUACUUUGAUCGACCGUCGGGUGCAGGUCCUCGGCUUUGUGGUCAAACAUUUCGCUAAAACCUGUGAUAUGUGUGACGCCUCUCGCGGAAGCCUAUCGUCCUAUGCCUACACUCUAAUGACAAUUCAUUAUUUGCAACAAAAGCGCAUAAUUCCUGUCCUCCAAGAGAUCGGUUUGGAUCGACGGGAGGAGCGAAUAGUGGACGGAUGGGACACGUGGUUCUUCAACGAUCUCCAGACACUGCGUAAGUAUUGGACGCCCGCAGCCAACGACGAAUCGGUGGCACAACUGUUCGUCGGCUUCUUGAGGUACUACUCGGAAGUGUUUAACUUCGAGGACAAUGUUGUCUGUUGUCGCCAAUUGGCGCCAUUGAAACGACUCGAGAAGAUGUGGACGGGCUGUAAGAUCGCCAUCGAAGAUCCGUUUCUAUUGUCGCACAACUUGGGAGCGGGUGUUUCGCCCCAAAUGGCAGUCUAUAUCAAAACGUCGUUUAUUUUGGGCCGAAACCUGAUAGGAGUGCCGCCCAUCAAAGGUCUUGAGCCGCGAUACCGAUAUUGGGUCGACUACUUCUUCGACAGACGCCUCCUAACCAAUGGACUGCCGCCGACGGGUAGGGGUUGUCGUAAAUGCGGCAAAAUUGGACACAAACAGAAUAAGUGUCCCGAAGGACAGCAGAACCGACACCAGAGACACGACGUCCGACCGGAACGUCAGGAACGGUACGUCCGACACGAGACACGCGAACGACACGACCGGCCGGACAAAAGUCGAGACAAACCAAAGCCAAUCAACAGAAGAAAAUACAAUUAAAAUACAUUUUGAAUUCAUUGGGAAAUUGACUAUAAUUUGUUUGAAUUUCAUUUCAUUAUAUUUUGUGUUAAAUGACCAGAAAAUGACAGAUAAUUAUUAUUAAUUAACGCAUGAAAUAUUAAAUAUAAUUUUGUGUUAUCUCUUGUUUUAGCAAAACAUUUAUUUAGAUUUUUCUCUUAUAUAUUAUCAAAUGACUGAACAAACAGUUUUAGUGACAUUUUUAAACAGUUAAACAUUAUUCUCAUUUUUUAAAUUGUUUUUCACAUUGAAUUAAAUUUAUACAC